AAAAAACUCAAAAUAUUUGGGGAUUACAAUUGAUGGACUCUGUUCGGGCCACCCUGAUUAGAAAAAAUGUAACUCAAUUCACAUCCAAUGCAACCGUGGUAUCCGAACUCUCAAAAAGAGGUCGACCUGGUUAACGUUCUGGUGAUCUGGUCCAAACCACGUAAAAAACAACGACGCACUGUAAGCUUACCAGAAGAGCUUCUGAUAUCUGGAAGCUUCAAUCUGCACUCACUAUUCAUCACCGCCGUUUUGUAUCAGAUUCGUCCGCAUAACUACUCAAACACUGUUUGUGUAAUUUUGCUGUGGACAUCUAACUCAGAGAAGGUACAAACAAUGAUUUUUUUCCCCAAAAAAUUUAAAACUAUCCAUACAGUGCCCGUGCCCGUAUCACUACCUUAGAGUAAUUGUUUUGUGCUUUUGUGUGGAUUGGGAAGACUUAAAUUCCAAGGGUUCUCCCGUGGUGCUCAUUUUGCAAAACAUUGCGUCUAUUUACAGGGAAGUUUAUGGUGUUUUUGUUGUGCCUUUACAUUUAUGGAAUUACAUUGUUGAGAUAUCAUAGCUUAGCACGUGGCUCAAGAAGCAGCUGCUUGAUAUCACACAGAAUGAGGCCUUUUGUCUUACAUGAUUCUUGUUUUUUCUCUAAGAUAAGGUGUAUGUAUUCUAGUGGAGCUCUUUAGGUGGGAACACUGCUGGAAAUUUCUUUUGCUUCUUUACAUUGAUAGACUAAUCGAUAAUGAAGGGAAUGUUUCAGGGAUGGAUAUAGUCGAGUCCAUUCAAAGUCUUGCUGUGCAAAACCCACCAGGGGAUGACUUCUUUUCUGGUGAUUUGAAUUGGACCAAGUUUGGAAAUGCCGAGCACCAUGAUGAGGUUGCCCUGAUUCCUUAUGACCGAGUUGAUGCCUUUAUUAUUGGAGAAUGUUCUAAUGUUGAAUGCCCAACGAGAUUCCACAUUGAGAGGGGGAGGAAACGAACUGAGGGGAGCUUAAAAGAAUACAAGCCUGAUGAGUAUUUGGAGUACAGGAUGUAUUGGUGUUCUUUUGGCCCUGAAAACUAUGGAGAAGGGGGAGGCAUAUUACCGAGCCGAAGGUACCGACUUAACACUCGUAACCGUGCUGCUAGACCCCAAUCUAUGAGGGGAUGCACAUGUCAUUUUGUGGUGAAGCGUUUAUAUGCUUGUCCAUCCCUUGCACUUCUAAUAUUUAACAAUAGGCGACAUGUGAACAAGUCUGGUUUUGUUUGCCAUGGACCACUAGACAGAGAUGCUAUUGGACCUGGUGCCAAAAAGAUUCCGUACAUUUGCAAUGAGAUACAACAGCAAACCAUGUCUAUGAUAUAUCUUGGCAUUCCUGAGGAAAAUGUUUUAGAAAAGCAUAUCGAAGGCAUUCAGCGUUAUUGUGAUUCAGAUGCGAAAGUCAAUAACCUUGCUUCACAGUAUGUCCAAAAACUCGGCAUGAUUAUUAAAAGAUCCUCUCAUGAAUUGGAUCUCGAUGAUCAAGCUAGCAUUCGGAUGUGGGUUGAACGCAACAAAAAAUCUGUUUUCAUUUAUCAGGAUUCAUCAGAAAAGGACCCAUUCAUCUUAGGAAUACAAACAGAGUGGCAGUUGCAACAAAUGAUUCGUUUUGGCCAUCACAGUAUCAUAGCAGCAGAUUCUGCGUUUGGAAUAAAGAAACUCAAGUAUCCAUUGUGCACACUUCUUGUUUUCGAUUCAAGACAACAUGCACUUCCUGUUGCAUGGAUCAUCACUCGCAGUAUUGCAAAGAUAGAUGUGAACAAGUGGAUGAAAGCUUUGGUCGGACGUGCACACAAAUCUGAUCCAUCAUGGAAAAUCAACGGGUUUUUGAUUGAUGAUGCUGCAACAGAGAUUCAUCCGAUAAUGGAAGCAUUAUCUUGUCCUUUAAUAUUUUCUCUUUGGCGUGUUCGUAGAUCUUGGUUAAGAAAUAUUUGCAAAAAAUGUGGUAAUAUUGUAGUGCAAAGGGAGAUAUUGAAGCGCUUGGGUGAUAUGGUUUAUGGUAUCUGGGGUGGGUGUGAUCCUGCUCUUGCUUUGGAGGAACUUACUCAAGACUUUGUUGACCAAACAGAGUUUAUGCAAUAUUUUACAUCUACAUGGGUUCCUAAAAUAGAAAUGUGGCUGACUACUAUGAAGUUGUUUCCACUUGCAAGCUUGGAAUCGUCGUGUGCAAUAGAAGCAUAUCAUAUCAAGCUGAAAUCAAAAGUAUAUGAUGAUUCACAUUUGGGUGCAUUACAGAGAGUUGAUUGGUUGGUGCACAAGCUGACAACAGAGUUACAUUCAAGCUACUGGCUUGACAGAUACGCUGAUGAGAGUGAUUCAUUUCAAAAUGUCAAGGAAGAGUAUAUUGCCUCUACGUCUUGGUAUCGAGCACUGCAAAUUCCUGACACAUUAGUGGACCUUGAAAGUGGACAACACUUUUUCGCUAAGGUUUUAAGUCAGAAAGACAGUACUAUUACACAUCUUAUUUGGAACCCUGGAUCUGAUUUUGCUCAUUGUGAUUGUGAAUGGUCACUGCAAGGAAACCUUUGCAAGCAUGUCAUUAAGGUCAAUAUGAUGUGCGGAAAUAUUGGAGGCUAUAGACCUUCCAUGUCUUUCCAAUCAUUCCAAGAAAUUCUAAUGGAUCUAAUGAGAAAGCCAAUGGAUGACUCAAUAGCACUUGAUCUCUCAAAUGCAUGGACACAUCAAAUGGUUGAUCAGAUUCAGCUACUUGUUGAUUUGAAUGGUUCCAAUAACUUAGGCGACAUAGUUAAUAGCAUGCCUUUGAGAUGGGCUGGUAAGAAAGGUAGAACAUCCCGCCGCGAGCUUCCUUUGGCAAUUACUUUACCCCCUAGCUCACAGAAUGAGACAACAGUCAAGAGUUCUACUCUGCGUAGCAAGAAUCGAAAGCGGAAGAGACUGUCAAGGAUUGGCUGAUUGCUUAUUUUGUCCUUGACUAACAUUGCCUAAUUGUUAUGCUUCACCAGCCAUGCAAGACCAUUCUUUCAAUUUUGGAUCCACGCAUUUAGUUCAAUCAACUAAUGUUAAUCCAUAACAGAGUAACCAUUUCCUUUGCAUGCUCCACUUCUGAUGAAUUUAUUGGGAUGAGCAGACUGUAAAUGAGACUGUUCAUGGCUAGUCAUUUAACAGAGAUUGCUUUUAAGGCAUUUUGGAUCAGACUUACUCCAAUGGAAGCAGAGGCGUAGCUUGCCAAGAAAAAAGACUGCAUCUUCUCGAUCAGCCUAAUCUGGUAACUAAGCUGGUCACUAAGUUACUGAUGAUGAAUUCACAUCUUUACCGUUCACAUCUUUCAUUGUAAUGUAAACCACAUGUUAAUAAGGUGCAACUCUGAACAUGCUACUACAUUUUAAAUAACUUACAUCACUUCCAAUGGAGCCAAAGACUCAGUAUUUUGAAUAACUUACAUCACUUCCAAUGUGCAAAAUGGCUCACUAAACUGCCCGCACUUCUUUAUUAUGAAGAAGCAGUCGGUCCAUGGUAAGACUGCGUACAUCUGACCCCACUUACCCCACCAUAGGUGGGAGCCUUUGCGGCAUGGGGUAAUGUUGUUGUUGUUUGUUGUUUAGCAGGAGGUACAAGUUCUCAACUACUUGGUUCAAUUCCAUCUAGUGGGAGCUAAGAUGGCUAGAAGUGCAUCUAUGAACCAAACUUGAGGUCACAAAGAGGUUGUUUUGAGGUUCCGAAAUUGGGAUGGUUUCUUCUAUAUUUACUCCUUGACUUGUUCAGAGUUCAUGUGCACACAACCCUUGGAACAUGACAUCUUAACUUCUCUGGUUCCCUAAGUAUUUCUGAUUUAUAGCACGGAGUUGCAAUGAUUGUAACUACGGAAAGUUUGUGAGUUGUGAUGGUUGUCUUUUUGUAGUUUUUUAGCACAUGAGAUAUGUAAAUUCGGGAUGGAGUCUCUUUGUUUUUCUCCUUCCGUGCUAAAAAUAAUGCAGAGUAUGAAGUAUUUGGUUACAUACCUACAUGGCUACAUGUUCUGAAGUGUUCUACCCUGGCAAUAAUAAGCGAAAAAGAUUGAUUAUGCAGUAAAAGAGGUAGACUUUCUGAAAUCUCACAUGUUGACAUAAUGGCAUUUGGUGU